AGGGGUGGUCAGACCCUUCUGGCUGGGGCCGAGUUGCACUUCGGCGCAAUCUCAGUGGCUCACUAUCUGGUGGGGCAACCUCGGGGAGUGAGGCGCCCAGCGUAUGCACGUGUUACCAAGGCUGAGCUCACUGAAUGGAGACGCUGUGUGACACGCCGUCUGGCUGAACGCCACAAUGGCAGCAUGGCUCAGACAGCGUCCCCAAGGCCACCCCAGCCAGCUUGGCUUGUCCAGGCUCUACCAGGGCAGCCACACUCAUUUCCACGGGCUUGCCAUCUCCCACCUCGGUGCUUGGAAAGCUCGUCAUAGGCAACGGCCCUAAGCAUGCAGGCGUGUUAUUUGUGGUGAUGACAGCACGCGAGGGCAGGGAGUGCGUCUGCCGUGCUUUGCUCCAAUGCCCGAGCAUAGGCCUGGCACACAGCACACAUUCAAGGAAGGUUUGCUGAGCCCAGAGGUGUUCUCCCACCUUUGAGAGGAUUACAAGACUGUGUAAAAGGAUGGUUGCAAACACUGUCAUACCACGGGAAACACCUGUCAUACCAUGGGCAAACACGUGUCAUGUCACGUGCAAACACUGUAUCAUACCACACGCAAAUACUGUACAUACCACAGGCAAGCACUGACAUACCAUGUGGAAACACUUGUCAUAUCACAUGCUAACAGUGUAUCAUACCAUAUGGAAACACCUAUCAUACCGCGUGCAAACACUGUAUCAUACCAGGUGCAAACACUAUAUCAUACCAGGUGCAAACACUGUAUCAUACCACGGGGAAACACUGUAUCAUACCACGGGGAAACACUGUAUCAUACCACGGGAAACACUAUCAUACCACAUGCAAACACUGUAUCAUACCAUGGGGAAACACUGUAUCAUACCACGGGCAAACACUGUAUCAUACCAGGUGCAAACACUAUAUCAUACCAGGGGCAAACAUGUAUCAUACCACGGGGAAACAUUGUAUCAUACCACGGGGAAACACUGUAUCAUACCACAGGAAACACUGUAUCAUACCACAUGCAAACACUGUAUCAUACCAUGUGUAGACACUGUAUCAUACCACAGGCAAACAUUAUCACACCACGGACAAACACUGUAUCACACCAUGGACAAACACUGUAUCACACCACGUGCAAACACUACUGUAUCAUACCACGGGCAAACACUGUAUCAUACAUGGGCAAACACUGUAUCAUACCACCUGCAAACACUUUAUCAUACGCAGGGAAACACUGUAUCAUACCGUGGGCAAACACUGUAUCAUACCGCGAGGAAACACUGUAUCAUACCGUGGGGAAACACUGUAUCACACCGCGGGGAAACACUGUCACACUGCGGGGAAACACUGUGUCAUACCACGUGCAACCACUGUCAUACCACGUGCAAGCACUGUCAUACCCGGUGGAUGCUUAUGAUACACUGUUUCGAUGUAAGAGAGUGUAACAAAGUGUUUAUACACAGAGCAUGUCUUCUGUUUGGCUGUGAACCCAUGGCUACCAGGCCUGGAGUUUGUCCUACCCCUGAGAGCCUCAGUCUUUGUGUCAGAGACAGCGGACUGAGAGAGGCCCUGGGCCCACCAGCACAGCCUGGGGAUUAGGCCUCCCUGUAAGGGCAGGCUGCACCCUAAUACCUGCCCUGGAGUCAGGGCUCACUCAGGCAACUCCGCCUCCACCAGGCAGGGCAGAGGCUGGAAUUCAGUCGUUUUGUGACUCGACUGUUUCUCCGGGGCGCAGUGUGGUUGUGGUGGGGCAAGGGACCCGACAGGAGAGGCACCUCCAGAUGUGCCAGUACUGGGGGUAGCGGGGUGAGGGUGUCAUCUUUGCUUAAUUUUCAGCAAUCUGUAGUGUGUUUGUUUUGCACGCAAACACAUGAGAGUGAAAAGUAAGUGCAUCCUGUUAGCUGACCUAGAGAGGCUCAGGGCAGGCACGGGUGGCAGCUGCCGGCCCUCACCCCCUCCUUAGGCUGGGGUGUUACAGGAGGCCGAGUUGGGGGACUGCAUGGAGGGAUGGGGCAGCACAGGCCAGGAGUCUUGGGUGAGCCAGCUCUGCUGCUCACUGCUACUCCAUGUGGUCUGGGCAAGCCCUUCCUUUAGCGAAGCCUCAGUUUCCCCUCUGGCUCCGGGCUCUGUGAGGGCUCAGUCUUCCCUGCCCACCCAGGCUGCCUGGGGCUG